AUGCAAGUAUCUUUUGACAGAAUGACGGGGAAGUUAAGUUUUUGGACGUGUAUGGUAUUCGUUUUCUAUUUCCUGAUGUUCUUCCUUCGCACUGACUCUUAUCCUUCGGAAUGCACUCUUCCUUUUCCUCGAAGUUACGUGGUGUAUCAUUUGAGUGACCGUGAAGUUAUUGACGUGGAUGGAAAACUAGAUGACAGUGCAUGGGAUUCUGUCUCGUGGACGGAGGACUUCAUAGGUAAGUUCUUGAUCUUUUAGACAAAUGUUUAGAACUAGCAUGUUGGUUUAGAGGUAUGUGAGGCAACUUUUCACCAAGGUCCCCUCCAAACCACGUGAAAGAGACCCCCACCGCCCUCCCGACCCCGUCUGAUACAAAUCCGGUCCAAAGAUAUCACGCAAAAUUCUAUCUUUUCGUAAUCUUCAUAUAGACAAAAAAUUACAACACUGCCAUGCAUUGUUUUGUCAUGCCAAAGUAAUUGCUACAAAAUUUCAAGAGAAAUUGGAUCAGAAAGAAAAAAAACUGGUAUUAUGGGGUCUCAACAUUUUUUAUUGAAUGAUUUGUAGAAGCGAAUUGCAUCUGCAUUGAAAAAAUAAUGCCGAUGAUCAAGAUGAACUGUUAAUAUGGUUAAAUCCUAUCCCAGUUACUGAGAAUAAUUAAUAUUGGCUGCAGAAAAUGUGAUCUCAGUAACAAGAGUUGGGCCCAACUUCUCAUACAAACACAAAAUAAUUUUCACUGAUACAACUUAAGAGACAGCUGACUUGAGAUGAGAUCUCAGUAAAUCGUAUGGACUGUAUGAAGGGGACUGUGACCUAAGUGGGGAUGGGUAGAGGUGGGGGACAAAGGGUGGAUGGGGAUUUACCAUGUCAUAAUAAAGGUCUACAAUGGCUUAAAGAGAUGAGUGAUGAGUGUUGGAGGAGACUAAGGGUUAUGAAAACUAUGAGUUAUCGUUUUGUUGUUAAUUAAUUAACAAUUGAUGAAUGAGGCUGAGUAUCUUAUGAAAAAUUAUGGAGAUCGAGGAGGGUGUUAUCCGUCAAGGCCGUCGGCCAAGUUGGAUAACACCCUCCAAGAUCUCCAUAAUUCUUCAUAUGAUACAAAAGCCGAAUUCAACAAUUGUUUUAUUAUUCAUUCAAAAUAAUUCCUAGUUUAAAAACAAAGCUAAAACAUGCUUACCUCCAUCGUCGUUAAGUUUACCUUCGAUAGUGCACGUUCAGGGUCGUUCAGUUCCGUGCGCAAAUAUUCUCCAAAUGGCACUUCGAGAUGUGUUCUUCCUGUUCGUGCCAUGUUUUUAGCUAUAAUUGAAAAGGGUGAAAUCUCCACCAUUUUUUGUUUUCACAACCAAAACAACUCAACCUCGUCCCCAGGUCUUCUCGGUUAAGGGUGCAUUAACCCACAAGAACACUGCAGUUUUGACGUCAUUUCCUCAUUAAACACAAAAUUCUUCCAAAUUUGGUCAUCAUUAACUGGUUAUGGUGAAUUAUGCGUUUGCUUUUAGCCAAUUAAAAUCGGGGAAAUAUUUUGAAUGAAUAAUAAGAGUCGUUUAUGUAUUAAAUUUCUUUAUAAUGUGAAAGAUAGCCUCCCCGCAGACGUCCUUUGGGGUUCGUUUGUCACGCAUUCAUUUCUCCCCCACGGACGUCUGCUAAACACAGCCGACUUUUACGUUCUGGAUUGUUUGAAUAAGCCAAUAAGCGGUUAGUUAUUGUGUCACGAUCAGCCAAUCACGCGCUGUGAUAUAAGUGAUGUCUUUGUAUUCUCAAGUGAAUUAUUUAUUUGCACCGCUAUCUUCUACCUGAGACGACUCAAACGUUUUGAAAAAAUCACAGAAACGAUGCAAUAAAGCUGCAGUCAGCUGUAUAUUUUUUUCGGAAGUUGUGACUAUAAAAUAAUCUGCUUUUCUUUGAAAGACUUCAGACAACAGUCUCCCACACGAGCGCGGAGCGGUUUUCAGCGCGGUCGAAAACAAUAAUUACUAUUAACUCUGUAUAUAUUCGAAGUAUUAAGAAAAGAGAACUUGUAAACGUGUAUACGGAAGAUAUUCAAAGCAUUCUUCGAAAACAAAGGCCGUUUCCUUUUUUGCGAAAUGUAAUUCCACCAAGGUCAUGGGUCGCGGACCAAGGACCAGUACGCAAAAUUUGGUUAUAUUUUUUCAAGAGUCGGUAAAACAAAAAAUUCGAAGUCUACAGCAAUGUGCUUCCAACGGCAGAAAAAGGUUUAUCUGAAAACUUGUUCUGCAAAAAGGCACGUCCUCCCGUUGCGUUUUAUUUAUUCACAAGCUUAGUAAACAUGACCACGGCUGCCGCCGAAGUCCAAACUUCAAGCUAGAACGACAAAUUAACCUACCUGUCAACAAACUUUAAUCUCGCUCCUUCAAAGAAAGAAAGAAGGCUUAUAAUCAAUAAAUCAUUGACCCUUUUAUUGUUCAUUGUAUUUUAUUUCUCGACGAAAUAUUUAAUCAUGCUCGGGAAAGUCGCCGACCAAGGACCACAUACAAGUCACUCGCUAACAUUUCCUCCACCGAUCGAUCUUCAACCAAGCUUCUGGGCUUCUGUAAACAACAGAGAAAGUCCCUCUCUUGACAACCCUCAUAUUCUCUUUGCUAAUAUCACUGAGCGUUACAGCAGGAAUACCAAUAUUUUCCAGCUUUGUAGAUUGAUCUUUCAAGAUUUACCAGGGAAGAAACAACAACAACAAUAAUGUCCAGUAGUUCCACGCACUGUGUCGCAAACAAGCAGCAAAGCUUGAUAGAUAAGGCAUUUGCCAAAUCCCGUCGGCAAAUUUAUGAACUCAUCGGUCUUCGCUAUAAAAUUCGAAGGAUAGCUUCCCUCUGAUACUUGUUUAACUCUGUAUUAAUUACAAAUUUCUCGCACACUCGCCGAUCAAAAGCCUCACUGAUCGUGCGAAUCUUAAGAAGCAGCUCGGGUUACGUUUUACAAAAAUCGGUAAACGGCCUGUGAUUGGUGAACGUAAAUGUCGGCUGUGUUUAGCAGACGUCCGUGGGGGAGAAAUGAAUGCAUAACAAACGAACCCCAAAGGACGUCUGCGGGGAGGCUAUGUGAAAGAUUGAUAGUUAGUCUUCCAAUAUACUACUUCUCAUAAGACCCCAAGAGAGAGUAACCCUUCUGCUCACUUAGACACUUGCUCACUUUGUUUCUGCUACAUUUCUGCACUUCACAGAAUUAACUUUCUUACCACUGUUAACACGACCAUACUUUUCAGCUCAUGGAGAUAAUUUUGUUGUUUCAAGAUCUGUUAUUUGCCUCUCACUGUAGACAUUCAGGGACCAGAUUUCAAAAAGCCGCGUUUCAGAACACAUGCUAAAAUGCGAUGGGAUGAUAACUUCUUGUACAUUGGGGCGUAUCUUCAGGAGACUGAUGUCUGGGCAAAUCAGACAAACCAUGACUCAGUAGGUAACUAUUAGCCUGCAGCUAUUUUCCCUAGUCAAAUAUAUUUUUUGUGUCUCUGUUUCAUGUGUUCCGAUUUAUCUCACCAUGUUUGUUGGAAAGGGAAAGUUUUAUAUGAAUAGCAAUAUAUUAGCCAAUGCCUUUAUAUUGAUCAUGUAUUAACAGAUGAAAACAUCAAUCACAACACACACUUUUUUCCACUAUCCAAACACCAAGAAGUGGGUUAAAAAAAGAAGGUGCAGCCAUGUGUUUUAAGACUAACUUUAGGUUUUCUGGAUGUCAUAGAUGAUUGAAGCACUGAAAAUGAUUUUCUUCAUUUUCUCUUCAUGAAUUAUUAUUUAAUCAAUGACUUUCUCACAAAAACCUUUGUUUUGUUUUACAAACUCUAGUGUUUCAAGAUAAUGACUUUGAGGUAAGUAACAAAAUCUGAAAUAGAAACCUUUAUUUUAGAUUACUUGCACAAACAGUGCAUCCAGUUGGUGACAACUUGUCACGUUCUCCUGACUGUAUUUUACACCCUCAGUCUCUGUGUUAAUUUAGCUUCUGAAAAAAUAUCUUUUUGUUUAGGUGAUUGAUAUUAGAAAGUCAAAAAAAUUAAAACAUGAUCCAGUAUUCCAUCCUCAUUUUUAUCUACUCUUAUCCUUGUUGCUUUCACCUUGUUUCAGCUUUCAUCUUCAAUUGCCCCAGCUUGUCUCUUUUUUUUUUCUUCCAGUUCCCAUCUCCUUUCUUCUACAUCUCACCUCCCCCCCAUCUCCCAGCUCACAGCCUAUCAUCUUCACUUCCAUCCUCUUUUCUUUCAUUCUCUUCUAGUUUUCACCCAGUUCCUACCCUUUUCCUUUUAUCCCCUUUUUUCUUGUCAGCUUUUACCCCAUUUCUUUCAUUCUCAUCUUUUCUUUCAUAACCAAUCGUAUUCCUACCCUCUGUUGCCAUAUUUUAUCCCUUAUUCCAGCCUUUUCCUUCCAUUAAAAUUUUCUGCCCCACCCCAAUCACCUCACCUGGCAAGCUUCAAUGAAACUUGAUGUACCCAGAAUCUCCUACAAGCCUGUUGCCGGACCUCAGACAUUAGUAGCACUUAGUUACAAGAAAAAGAAAAAAAACACAUAAAAAAACUAGCAACUUGUUUUCAACUUCUCAUUUCCUUACAGGUGUUUAUGGACCCAGAUGGAGAUACUCACUGGUAAGAAUUAAUAAUACCUUGGAAAUAAUAUUAAAAAAUUCUUUAAUCAAACAUAUAAGGUGGAUCUUUUUUAAUGGUCCUGAGUACCAUUUCAUUUCUUUUAUUCACACAGGUACAAAGAAUUUGAGAUAAAUGCCAUCAAUACUACUUGGGAUCUGGAACUGAACAAGGUGAGUUCAUGUCUCCACAAAGGACAAAAUUUCAAGAAUCCGUAAAAAAAAAACAUAAAAUCAGUGCAAGACACAAACCUCAAGUCUGUUUUAUAAUUUUGGCAAUUGCACCCAUGGCUUUCUGUGUUGGAAGGAUUUUCAAAGAAACUAGGUAAGUAGGAGCAGUGUAAGACUAGCUUGAACUUCAACUGUUAAAUCUAGUCACAUAUUCCCUAAUGUGCAAUUAAAGGAGACAGGUGAAAUUCAUGCCUCUAGAUUUUGAACUGUGUGUUUAAUCACCCAUCAAAAAAAGAAGAAUGUUGUGUAUGUUUCCUAGUGUUAUUUUAUCUUUGUAAAGUGACUUUUUACACUUUUCCCUUGUAGCCAUAUCUCAAUGGUGGCACUCCAAACAGCAGUUGGGAAAUGCCAAGCAUGAAAAGUGCUAUUUUUGUGGCUGGGCCCAUCAAUAAUGCAUCUGUUCCAGGUUUAGUAUAAUUAUUUUUUUUGUUAUGCCAGUUUCACUGAUGCUUGAAACACUUUUUCAUGCGUUUACGUAACACUUCCGAUUGGCCAAGUUUGAGGUCUGUACUUUUAAAAUUGAUGAUGAACGCUGGAUGUAAUGUGGCUUUGUGGUUUGUAGUGUGGACAAAAAAAAAAGACUAAUAAGGCCUACGGAACCUGAGGAACAGGCAUCUGAUAAGGGAAUUGUCAGAUGACAAAAACUUUGUGCGUUUCACUGAAGCAGCAGCAGAAAGGCGCUGAGAAAGAUUUCCAAGAUGGGCCAUGACAACCACAAUACAACUUUGCCAAUGGAAAAAUCGUUUUGCAAAACUUCCGUACAGGAGGUUAAGUGGACAACAAAUUGACCAAUAAAUGACUUAACCAUUAUACUAGAUUAUAAAAGAGAAUGCAAACUUACACUUGUUGUGUUCGUUCUUUAUUCGUUUAUGUGUAAUAAUCAUGAUAAACUAUGGAAUUGCACAUGAAAGACAAGUACUGGACAGUCGAACUUGCUCUGCCCUUCACUAAUCUUGUUGAUCACAGUCCCACGGCAUCUGCGCCACCAAAUAACAAGGACCAAUGGAGGAUUAACUUUAGCAGGUUUGAAUUUUUAUAUCCAGUCUCAAGUAAGGCCGAAAAACGUAANGGACAGUCGAACUUGCUCUGCCCUUCACUAAUCUUGUUGAUCACAGUCCCACGGCAUCUGCGCCACCAAAUAACAAGGACCAAUGGAGGAUUAACUUUAGCAGGUUUGAAUUUUUAUAUCCAGUCUCAAGUAAGGCCGAAAAACGUAACGCCGUUAAUAGCACUUUGACGUGAGUUUGUUGGGGAUGAUCCCUGGUUAUAUAAUUAUACCUGAUCCCUGGUAGGUUGAUCCCUGAGGCGUAAUUUUGCUAAACCCCAGAAAGGCGCUCAGUACUUCUCUGCCUAGACCUCAAUACAAUACAUUUUAGCAAAAAAUUUUUAAUAAUAAUGAAAUAAUAAUAAAAUAAUCGAGUACCCACUUCUCUAACCUGCAGUCAAUGGCUGAAUUGCGGAGGAAACAGAGAGUUGAGAUAGGACGUCCAUAUGUAAAGGACCAACAACCAACGACGACUACAUCUCCUACUCUUAUAUACAAUGUCACGGGUUCUUUUACGUCCUUUCUUCUUUCAACCUAUUUGGGAGGAUGAAGGAGACAAGGACAACGGCUUUAAAUGUCACUUCCCAAUGACGCCAUCAUCUGAACUGGGAAAGAGUUUUAAUCACAGCUAGCAUGUUUUCACAAGGUAUUUUUAAAGACGUUAGUCAGUGUUCCGGCCGGGGUUUGAAGUCAUGGCCUCCCGCUCAGCAUAGCAGGUCUCUUCAGAGCUUGCCAGGCAACAACUGAGCUGUUUACCCCUGACAGGGUAAAAAGGGACAGUUCAAUUCACCUGUCACCGCAGUUAAAAGGCUCCAUUCUAAAGCUCUGUUCCUUAACAUAGCAAACAGACAACCUUCUCAGAGUAAUUUCUCAGUCACUUUUUCGUUUGUAGGGUUGAAUGGCAUGUAAGAAACGUUCAUGGGCAUUAUGAGAAGGUUGGUAAGCACAGCUUGUUUUUUUAUCAAAAUUAAUUCCCAUUUGUUGUCCUUACCUGUAGAAGUAGUGGAGAGAAGUUGUCAAGCUAUCAAUUAAAUCCAUCUUGGGUGAUCAAUUGCUUAAUUCUCUUAACCACUCUGUUUUAUAAAGCACAGACAUUGCGAGGAGAAAAUUGAUGCUGAUCACUCUUAGGGCUUGAAGCGUCAAAAUAGAGCUGGUGUAUCGUCCAUUUUUAGGUUGCGCUUGAGACUGGAUCGGUGUUGUGUCGAAUAGCAGCCGUGGGAAUGUUUUGGGGGACGAAUUAUGACCCAGUUUCCGCGCGAUUUCAUAGCAGCCAAAAGAUGUGUGAUAGCUUCCUAAAACAUUCCCACAAUGCAAUUCGACACAACACUGUCCCAGUCUUAACUCCAUACAGUGUAUGCUCAAUCUUUGGGAUCAUUGUCAGAAAGGACGCUGUGAUCGCAGUGACCUUUACUGGGUUGUCUCCAUUUUAUCUCUUCAAUCGAUGAACUGUUUUUCAGUGUUCCUAGCGAUCGCACGGCUUUACACACACGCAAAUAGUCCUUGUGUGAAGUCCUUGUUUCAACCUGCGUCCGUUUUACUUCUUAUUCUUUCUGUCUGACAGGUUCCUAAUGUUCCAGAAGAUAACUGGGUGUGGUCAUCACAAAGUGCUAUUAAUAUGCACUUACCUGAGAGGUAUGUACCGGGUAUACGCCGUCUUUUCUUGGAGCGGUUACGUGCGACCUCGAAAUAUUAUUAAGCAUAGACACAACCAUGACUAUGAAGCACAAGAAUGCUUUGUUGUACUCGUGCUUUUGGUUUUGGUGGUGGAGCUGUGAGAAGAAUGAGAAAGAUGGACUUCUAGUGAAAUAUUUUUUUACCGCUGUAUUGAGGCAAAGGAGUAUCAAGUGUUUUUUUUAGAGGUAUUCACAAAAUGAAAUGUGGCGGAUGAGAGGACAGCAGGCGGGUCCAUUUUGCGUUAUGCAUUAGCGUGGCAACAGUGAGGUCAGACUUGCACAGAAACAGCAUACAUACUGGACCAGCAUACAUACUGGACCAAAAGUUCUGAUCCAGACAAAAGUGCUUCGUCGUUGAGCCUCGUUCAGCUAUGUGCAGUGUCAUGUCUUCCACACAAUCGUAAUCAAGUUUCAAGCCAUUAAAAGCAUCGGACAACUUCCUCGCUAACGAUCACCAGCAAAGAACUUUGAACUAUAGCUAUGUACAUUCUUGAAAUACUUCUGCUUAUGACUCUGUUUACCAAUUUCCGUAGGUGGGGUUUCAUUCAGUUCAGCACAGACGCUGUGAACACAACAGAGUUUGUUCGCACACCUAAUUGGCCUGUCUACUCCGCCCUUGUGAUGAUUUAUGACGCCCAAAAGGUACUAUAUUUUAUCUCUUUGUCAGACAUGCUCUCAUCUGUGCUCGUUAGCGCAAUAGGUUCAGUACUAGGGCAGCAAGUAUAAAGAUAUCCUGAGUAUCGUACGGUGGCCCAGAAGGGUCACACAUGCAAAUUAAAAAUGUUGCUGCAAACUAAAAAUUUUACCUGCAAACUAAAAAUGUUGCUGCAAAUUAAAAAUAGGACAUGUAAAUUAAAAAUUGUACAUGCAAACUAAAAAUAUUACAAACAUGAAACAUGAAUGGGCCGACGGCUGUAAGGCCAGGUCGCACGGCUCGGACCAGAUCCUCAUCACUCAUACUGCGAGCGCAGGACUUUUCGUUUUUAAUUUGCAUCGAUAUGUUUUCUAUUUUCAAUUUGCAGCACAGUUUUUAGUUUGCACGUACUAUGUUUAAUUUGCAGGUAAUAUUUUUAGUUUGCAUGUACAAUUUUUAAUUUGCAUGUACUAUUUUUAAUUUGCAGCAACUUUUUAAUCUGCAUGUGUGACCCUUCUGGGCCACCGUAGUAUCGUUUGUCGAUUGAUACAUGUACAAAGUGCUUUAUACAUCUGUAUUUUUGGUCAUUGUUUCUUUGUCGUUGUUUAUAACGUGUAGAAAUUCAUUGCUGUGAAUGGUUAUUACACCGCUGACCUUGAUCAACUUGAAAUUCCUGUUGCUGUACGAACUGGUCAGUGUCAAUAUGAGCCUGCGGUUCAAGUAAUUAAGACGUACAGCUUCGAGGCAACAGUUAGUCCAGUGGAUCAGCGGCUUCCAGUGGGACACAUAAGAGAUGAUCGCCUUAUCUGGUUCACUGAUAGCAGUAGCAAUCCUAAAUUACAAGUUUAA